UCCCCUCCCUGCUUCACGGCCGGGGGUGUGCUGGCUAAGUUCGCUCAUCUGCCAAGCUUCGGGACACAGACCUAUGUGGGCAAGCGAUAAACAAAUGCAGAUAAAUGUAACUUUCCACAUUAGCUAAAAAUGCAGAGAACGUCAAGCCCAGGGAAAUGGGACGGGUCCCAGUUAGUCCGCGGCUCCAAUCUGGUUCCCCCACCCACCCCGCCAACCCCGAGCCUCGGGGCGAGAGAGGAAGCGGCUCCGGAUGGAGAGUAAAGUGACAAUCGGAGAAGGGCAGGCUGCCUUUCCUCCCGGGGGAGCCGAGGGGACCUGCAGAGGGCGGUUUCUCUCCGCUUUUCCUGUCCCACCCCGUCGGCCUGCCCCCCACCCCCUCCGGCCUCUGCGCCAACCUCGCGCGCCACCCGCGGCUUCCUCCGCUCGGGGUCCUCGUUCGGCCUCUGCCGGCCUCGGCGACUCCGCGGUGCCCGCCCCCGUUGAGUUCAAAAGGACGCGCGGAGUGGCGCCGGCCCUUCCCCUGCAGCCCGUCGGACUGGAAAGAUCUGCCUCUUCUCCAAGGAACUCAACCACUAGUGACAAUGACCAGCCGCCUGACCACUCCUUCUCCAAGAGAAGAACUGAUGACCACCCCAAUUUUACGGCCCACUGAGGCCCUGUCCCCAGAAGAUGGAGCCAGCACAGCACUCAUUGCAGUUGUUAUCACCGUUGUCUUCCUCACCCUGCUCUCGGUCGUGGUCUUGAUCUUCUUUUACCUGUACAAGAACAAAGGCAGCUACGUCACCUAUGAACCUACAGAAGGCGAGCCCAGUGCCAUCGUCCAGAUGGAAAGUGACUUGGCCAAGGGCAGCGAGAAGGAGGAAUAUUUCAUCUAAUGAUUCCCAGGCCCCAAGGAGCUUAUUCCUGGCUCCAGCGCUAACACGUUGACUGCUUAUUACGGGAAAGUUUUCUCUGAAGCCAGGGAGAAGCAUUGAUAGAUGUGGGCAAAUCCAAGCUCCAGCCAGGUCACAGUCCCAAAUGCCGACAUCACUGACUCCAGGGACCAGGGACAUGGAGAAAGCUGUUUAUGGUAUCUUUAACCAGGCGCUCUUAUUAGAGCCGGUGUCUGUGACUGGCCAACAAGAUGUGGCUAUGCCAGGGGACAUCUGAGUAUGUGCCCAGUCAUCUUUUUUCACAGGUUGAAGGGAGAGAAAAGAUUUUGAGUUAGGGUCAUUGGCUGCUCUACUCUGUCCCCUACCUGGUCACCUAGUGAUAGCCCCAGUGGAGAUACUGUCCAUACAAGGUCUUCCCAGAGGCUGGAUCCCACAGUAAAAGGCCAGGCCAGGAGGGGUAGGACACUAUGGAGAUCUUACCUCCUGAUAAAUGUGCUACAUCCCCUAAUCUGAGCCCUUCCUUUCUGUGUUCCCCAACAACCUCAUGCUUACGUGAUUUUUAUCCAAAUUAAAAGUUUUCAUUGCUACAGAAA